AUGCUGACUCCUGUGGUUGUAGUAGGUGCUGGUGUGGUGGGUCUCACCACUGCCCUUCAAUUGAAACGUUCAAUUCCAUCUCUCGAUGUGACUGUGGUGGCUAACUACUUGCCUGGAGACGAUCAUAUCUCUUACACUUCACCUUAUGCUGGCGCCAACUGGCACUCCUUUGCUGAUACAAACAAUAAACGGUUGCAAGAUUUGGACGUCGUGGGCUAUCAUGAGUUUAUGAGGUUGGCUGACGACCCAGCUUCAGGAGUUUGGAGAAAGCCAAAUGUCUCCUUCAAGACACCCAACGCUUUGGCUCGCGUCAAUGGUGAUCCUUCGCAAUUUAGAGAGUGGUUCCAUGAAUUGGCCAAUACUAGAGUUUUGCAGAAGCAUGAAUUGCGUCCUGGAACCGUGUAUGGUGAAUCUUUUGACGGGGUAGUGAUAUCUGUCCCCAUCUACUUGAGUUAUUUGGUGCAGAAAUGUCUUGCGCUCAACAUUCUGAUACGAAGAGUUCCUGCCAUCAAAGACAUCUCAGAGGCCAGGAGCUUGCACUCUUCGGGAAAAUCAGCCAAGUUCGUGGUCAAUUGCACAGGUUUGUUGGCAACAAGAAUCGGAGGAUUCACCGAUCCCAAGAGAAACUUCCCUGUGCGGGGUCAGGUGGUGGUUUUGCGUAACACAGUGGAUACUGUGAUCAGUGUAGACGGCCACGAAGAGCCAAACGAGGCUUUGUACAUCUUCCCCAGAAAGGAAGGUGGUUGUAUUGUCGGAGGCAGUUUCUUUGCAGACAAUUGGGACUCGAGUGAGGACCGAGGCUUGACACAGCGGAUCCUUCAAAGAGCGUUGAAGUACGUCCCCGAAUUGGUGGAUCCCAACUUCAAGAAUAAUCCUGCCUUCCUUGACAUAGUGAAGGUCAAUGUCGGACUUCGGCCAUUCCGCGAUGGAGAUGUUCGGAUUGAGAUCGAUGACUUGAAGCCAUGGCUCAUUCACAAUUAUGGAGCAGGUGGUGGAGGCUACCAGGGAAGCUACGGGUUUGCUAGUGAGGUAGUGAAGCUUGUGGAGGUAGCGUUAACGAAGGCGAAACUUUGA